GUAGUAUUAAAGUAAAUAGGCAGUCCUACAAGAACGACAACUAUGUAUGAGUAAGAACGGCUGUCAUAACCACUAAUAAAUAUAAAUUAAAAACUCGUGCUAGAUGUAAUCUGUGAUAAGAAAUCUUACUACGCAGGCGUGUAAUUACAUACUUUAAUACGAGUUGAUAGGUAUGGUGGCAUUUCAACUGCCGCGAACAAUAUCCCUGAAUAAAAAGUUGGACACGCAUAAAAACGAGACCAUAGCAUGAAACACGGAUUUUAUAUGUCUGACCAAGCAAAAAUGAUUAUUAUACUUUGCACUGGCCUUAGAGGACAGUUGUAAUUGCUAGUCAAUUUGAAAAUAAACAACAAUUAAUAGAUUUGUUAAUAUGAUCAAUAAAUAGUUCGUAAGAUGCUGCAUCAGUUGAAGUAACUGACGAUUGACCUAAUAAUCUACUAACAGAUUCAUUCGCUGAACACGCGCCGGCGGGAGCGGCGCGUACAGAAAUAACUGAAACUUUCGUAAUUUUCGACAAAUGGUUUCAAACGGAGAUGAUACGAUGGAACCGCCUGAAGGAGAGAUUAAAGAGAGUAUGUACGAGAAGCCAUUGGAUCUCGAUGACGUCCUGGUGAACGAACUGGGCCAGCUGGGCCGGUACCAGCUGCGCAUAAUUGCCUUGGUGGCGAUACCCAUCAUGAUGUCAUCUUUCAUGAGUGAAUACAUCUUCUCCGCUGCUGCUAUACCUCACAGGUGCUGGAUACCAGAGUGCAACGAAACCAGCAAGGAGCAAAAGUACGACCCCACGUGGAUAUUGAACGCAGUGCCGCAGACCAGCUCAGGGUUCGCCAGCUGUCGCCGGUACGCACUCCGGACCUUCGGCACCAAAGGAUCCCUGGACAGCUGCCCGGCGAAACUGUUCGACCAGUCCAAAACUGUUGGAUGCCAGGGCUACGUUUAUGAAAACAACAAUUCGGUAGUGUAUGAUUUCGACCUCGGUUGCCAAGACUGGCUGCGCGCGUUCGCCGGCACGCUGAACAGCAUCGGCAUCCUGCUGGCGAUGCCGCUCACUGGCUACGUGUCGGACCGCUUCGGACGUCGCUUCGCGCUCGUCGUCAACGUCUUCAACCUCAGCCUGUUCGGCCUCGUCAGAGCCUUCUCCGUCAACUACACCAUGUACAUGAUACUGCAGAUUGUGCAGACCACACUUGGCGCUGGCACUUUCAGUUCUGCGUAUAUUUUUGCUGCCGAGCUCGUUGGACCGAAGUACCGAGUGCUGACAAGCGCUACUUUAUCAACAAUAUUCGCUACCGGACAAGUGAUCCUCGGCGUGGUGGCGUGGCUGGUGCAGCCAUGGCGAUACAUGCUCAUGACCCUGCACAUACCGGGCUUCGUCAUCAUCGCAUAUUACGGAGUGCUGUCCGAGAGCAUUCGAUGGCUGAUUUCCAAAAGAAAAUUCGCUGAAGCGAAACGAGUAUUGGAGAAUGUAGCGAGAGUGAAUAGGACGCAGAUAAGUGAAAAGUCUUUGCAAGCACUUAUGACAUCAUCUGAAUCUGCUCCUAAAACAAAAUCUGUUAACAGCCCUAAUUUGAUUCGAUCAAUCAUCAGAUCACCAAUCCUAUUGCGAAGAGUGUGCACCACCCCCGUUUGGUGGAUCACCACAAUCUUCAUCUACUACGGUCUAUCAAUCAACUCCACCAGUCUCUCCGACACCAUCUACCUGAACUACAUCCUGACCUGCGCGAUAGAGAUCCCGGGCUUCUACACGGCGGUGUUUGUGCUCGACAGACUCGGCAGAAAAACUACAAUCUCUUCGGGAUUCUUUUUUAGCGCCGCGUGCAAUAUAAUUUUCGUCUUCAUUCCUCACAGUCUGUCAGUGUUCCGGCUGAUAAUCUUCCUUCUGGGCAAGUUUGGCAUUUCAAUGGUGAUGACUUCAUUGUACCUGUACACGUCGGAGCUGUACCCCACGGAGUUCCGCCACAGCCUGCUCGCCUUCUCCUCCAUGAUCGGCCGCAUCGGAGCCAUCACCGCGCCGCUCACGCCCGUGCUCAUGGUGUACUGGCACGGCAUCCCAUCGAUGAUGUUCGGCGGCAUGGGCAUCCUCUCCGGGCUGCUGGUGCUGACGCAGCCGGAGACCCUGGGCACCAAGAUGCCCGACACCCUGGCCGAGGCUGAGGCGCUGGGCAGACCAGAGUCCAUGUUACAGCCACCCAGCUGAACCUCUUGCUUGUUCUUACUCUAAUGUUAAGCCUAUCAGUAGAUAAAAUACUUGUUAUACAUAUAUCUAUACGUACUAAUAUUAUAAAGCUGAAGAGUUUGUUUGUUUGUAUGCGCUAAUCUCAAGAACUACUGGUCCUAUUUGAAAAAGUCUUUCAAUGUUAGAUAGCCCAUUUAUAUAGGAAGAUUAUAGGCUAUAUAUUAGCCCCGUAUUCUUACGGGAACGGGAACCACGCGGGUGAAACCACGCGGCGUCAGCUAGUUAAAUUAUAUAGAAGGCGUUGAAAUAGUUUCCUGCGUUCACCUAAAAGUUCUGAACACGAAGAUUAUUUAAUGACUAGCGGACGCCCGCGACUUCGUCCGCGUAAAAAUCGAUGUCAACUUUCAACCCCUAUUUCACAUUCUAUUUUGCAAGUUUUAUAACUUAUACCUAAUAAAUAGUCCACUUAUCAUUUUACAUUUACAAAUGUACCUAGAAAAAUUAAGGACUUUCCGUACAAACUUUCUACCCCUACUUCACCCAUUUCUGAUUUUAUUUUCGCGACAAAAAGUAUCCUAUUAUCCUUCUACUUAUUAUGGUCUCAAAUCGUCUUAAGUAUCAUUUGAAUUCAUUCUGUAGUUUCAGCGUGAUGCCCAGUCAAAAAAAAGGCAAACAGACAAAGACAAAAAAUAGAAAAUAGGCUUCAGUAUCGAUCUCCUACCUCUACCCUACUCCUACCCUACCCGUACCCUAACUGUAUCCUACCCCUACCCUAUCCGUACCCUACCCUACCCGUAAUCUUCCCUUUCCCUACCCCUAGGAUAGGGGUAGGCCCUACCCCUACCCUACCCCUAACCUAGGCAUACACUCCCCUACCCUGCCCUACCCUACCCUACCCCUACCCUACAUUUACCCCUACCCUACCCUUACAAAACCCCUACCCUACCUGUACCCUACCCUACCUUACCCUAUACCUUCCCUGCCUUACCCCUACCCUUAGCAAAAUCGGUCCAGCCUUAUGAGCGUGGUGCGAUGACAAAGGAAAAUAGAGACUUCUAUGCUAAAAUUAUAAUCUUUGGAUCUACUGGACCGAUUUGAAAGAUCGUCAUACCAAUAGAAAGCUACGUUAUUUGCGAGUGACAUAAGCUAUGUUUGAUUCCCAUAUUCACACAGGAACGGGAACUACGUAAUUAAAAGCGCGGGGCGUCAUGUAGCGGAAUUUCUGCGUCUUUUAGAAAUUUCGUAUUAUCUCCGAAACUAUUUAACUAAUUAACAUACUAUAAAGGGCAAAUCUUAUCUCCAUAAUAUCCUUGUGAUUAUUAAAUAAUUUAUUUUGAUAAGGAUUUAAGUUAAGUAGCAUAAAUAAUGACGCAAACCUAAGUAUAUAAAAUUUAUAAUUUUUAAAACACAAAAGGUACUAUAUCUGCUAAUAUAUAGAAGAUAGAUAUAUGGUGUCGCGGACUUUUUUGUAGAACUUUUAAUGAUACAUAAAGCCUCCAUACAUUAAUUUAAAUUUUACACAAUGGUUAAGGCAGCGCAAACUUACAAACUUUACCUCUUUAUAAUAUUAGUAUAGAUAUAGAUUGCAGAGUUAGAAAAUGGGGCCAGUAAAAAUAUAAGUUUUAAUGAGUUUUAUAUAAUAAAUGUUUAUAAAAUAAAUUUUUAAUUUUAGGAGUUUUUAAAUAAACAACUGAUCUUAAGUUUAUAUUUUA